GGAGGAAUAAUUCAGAGGGUUGGUGGGGUACUAGACAGAGAAAAGGGGUAGGAACAGAGUACAUGGCGGGACAGAAAAAGAAUAGUAAUGAUAACGAUGUAGAGACGGAAAGAGAGAAAGAAAUAGGGCAAAGUUUAUCAUUUAGAAGUUUAAGAUUUUGUUGUUGAACUCUCAGCAUGGCAGAAGCCGUUAGAUUUGUAAGUGCCGAAGAAGUCAGGAAAGUUUUAACUUACCAACAUCUUAUACCUGUCUUAGAAGACACCCUUAAGCAAUAUUCUGUCACCAAAAACGUAAAGAUUAUACAACCUUGUAAAACUUUAAUUGAAGUUAAAGAGAAUAAUGGAUUGUGUCUCAUAAUGCCAUGUUACAGUGCUGCAGACAACAUUAUUGCUACCAAACUUGUCACUGUUUUCCCACAAAACAAAGAUAUUCCUUCCCAUGAUGCUGCCAUUGUUGUAUUUAGCAGCACCAAUGGCAAACUUUUGAGUGUGAUCGAUGGAACAGUGAUCACAGCAAUGAGGACGGCAGCAGUGACAGUUAUUGCAACAAAGUAUCUAUCAGUGCCAGAACCUAAAGUUUUAGCCAUUAUUGGUUCAGGUGUGCAGGCUAGAUCCCACUUUGCGGCUUUAACAACAUCCUUCACAUUUUCUCAGGUAAAUGUUUGGAGUAGAAAUAAGGCAAACGCCAGAAUGUUUGGUGAUGACACUGGAGCGAAAGUGUGUGGCACCAUAGAAGAAGCUGUCAAAGAUGCUGACGUUAUUGUUACUGCCACAGGAAGCAAACAACCUCUUUUAAUGAAAGACUGGGUCAAAGCUGGUACUCACAUUAAUGCUGUCGGAGCCCCAUUAGGUGAAUGUCAAGAAGUAGACUCUGAGUUGACCAGGUCUUCAAUAGUUUAUGUCGAAGAUUACGAAAUGGCCCAUAAAUACAGCGGUGAGCUUGGUGCUUCAAAGGCCGAAGUCUUUGGAGAAAUUGGAGAAGUCAUCGGUGGACAAAAGCAAAAUUUUAGGAAUAAAAACACAAUGUUUAUUAGUCUUGGUAUGGCCAUUGAAGAUUGUGUGUCAGCCAAGUUGGUUUAUAAAAACAUAACAAAUAACCUCUGAAAAAAAAUAAAGAAAGGAGCAAAAACCAGCCAGAAAAGGUUCAAAUAACUCAAUGAAAUGAACAGCUCUUAAGGAAAAAAAGAAAUUUUUUAAUUUAACCAAGAACCUGAGCAGAAGAUAAUGAACAGGUUGGUUUUCUGACCAAGAAUACUUGAAAUGUUAUGUAAUUCUUUUGGGUAAUGUUAAUUUAUUAAUUAAUCUAAUAAUGUAAAAUGUUACGAAAUAAUUAUUGCAUUGGGCUUUUUUUUUGUGGUGGUGGUGGGGUGGGGGUCAGUUGAAAUUCAAGAGAAUAUAUUCUUUUGUUAUUAUUAUACUAGAGUGUUACCACUUUAUGAUGACAGGCAACAUUGGAAGUGUACCUUUGCCAUCACAGGUAAUGUCAGGUAUUUUGAUUGUAAUUCAACUUUUUAAUAAAAUUUCUUGGUGCUUCUACAAAAUAAUGAAAUGAA